AGCUGUAAGCUGUUCAUACUUCGUGCUUGGUAGUUCGUUUAUUAGUUAUAUUUCUCUAUCAUAUUUAUUGUUAUUUCAAUUAUUUUGUGUUCAACAAAGUGAGUUUCAAGUAGAUCCAAAUGAUUCGAAACUAUUCAAGAAAAUGAUAACAUUCGGUAAUCCGAAUAGUUCUACUGCGGAGGAGUCUGGUGAAGUUAGAAGUAUCUGUGAAAGUGUAUGUAGUGAUGGGUCCAAUGCUACAGUACAAGCCGGGACUUCCAAUCAGAGGCCCCGGAUGGAUAUAGCAUGUGUUUUGGACGUGACCCAAACAUUAAAUCUAGCUCAUAGAAAAAGAGCAUUGGAAGAAGUACGAUUGGCUUCCGAACUUGUCAAUGCUAAUUUACAUCAUAUACAUUUUGAAAAGCUGGAUUUUGGUGAAACAAGUGUAUUGGAUACAUUUUAUAAUGCAGAUGUGGUGCUUGUGGACCUCAGCAUCCAGUUACAGCAAAGCUCCUUGUUAUACCAUCUCGGAGUUAGAGAGAGUUUUGACAUGAAGGAGAAUGUAUUGCUCUUUAAUGACAUUGAUCCUGAUGCAACACUAAGAAUUAAGAUAUCGUUACCGAAUUUUCUGUUCGUAUCAUACAAACUUACUGACGCUGGCACGUGCGUCACCACGAAUCCCGCUGCGACCAAGUUCAAGGGUGAAGAGACCGCCGACCCCAAACAACAUUUGACUCUACGCCUGAAGAAUAUACUGCAGGAUGUUGAAGUGCAGACCAAAGCCCAUCUCCAAGAGAAAUUCCUAUCGGAUUUACGGAAAGCGCGCGAAACAUACAGCGGCCCAGAUCUUGCCAACUAUUUACACGCGAUGAGGCGACGAUUAGAUGACCCCGGGGUUCUGUCCGGGGACACCAUCCUCAACCUGCUGAUAUCAUAUCGGGAGAUACAGGACUACGACGCCAUUGUUCACAUUGUGGACGACUUGAAGACUAUAAUGAACAGGAAGAACUAUGUCAACAUGCCCAUAAUACGGUUUAUGUACGCGUUCGCUAUGAAUAGGAGAAAUAAAGAAGGUGAUCGUGAAAACGCACUGAGAGUGUGCGUCAAAGCACUGGAGAAAAAGGAGAAUAGAUUCCCGGACAUGUUGUGUUUGUGCGGCCGUAUCUACAAGGACAAAUUUGUUGAGUCCCAGCACAGUGAUACGGAGAGUUUGAACAACGCGAUACACUGGUAUAGACAAGGUUUCGAAGUGCAGCCAAAUGAGUACGCAGGGAUUAAUCUGGCUACACUGCUCGUAAUAGCUGGCAACGAUUUCAAAGAUUCACAGGAAUUACAACAUAUAGGCAGGGUAUUGAAUCAUUUAAUUGGAAAAAAGGGCAGCUUGUCGUCACUAAGAGAAUAUUGGGAUGUGGCGACAUUCUUCGAGAUCUCAGUUCUCGCUCAAGACUAUGUGAAGGCGAUACAAGCGGCUGAGUGUAUGUUCAAACUGAAGCCGCCGAAUUGGUAUUUAAAGUCGACUAUUGGGAAUAUCGAGCUAAUUGAUAGAUUCAGAAAGAAAAUAGAAGAAACAUCACCUGAGCAGCAGGUGUUUUCGUUUUGGAUGGAGUUCUUUGUGGAGGCAACAAAGAGUACGUGUGAUAAUAUCAUACGAUUCCCGGUGGUGAUAUUAGAAACGACAAAAGAGUACAUGCCCUCGUACGUGAAUGUGAAUAUGGGUGCGGAACAGAAGUCGGUGGAGAUACUGAACCUGUGUCUCAAGUCCAUGAGGGGAGAGUGUCGACAGGUGCACCGGUGGCUCUUCACCUCCGAGAUGAUAAGGACGUAUAGUUUAUACAAACGGGACGAACGCUGCCUGUUCUUAUAUGUGAGCGAGAAUUCGGACGACUUCCAAAUAUUUUUGCCGUCGCAAAUAUUCCGACAGCGGCUGUACGACAUGUUGGGCGAGCUCACGGCAGACCACGAGAAGUUGGCAGACCUCGACACCAGCGUUAUGCACGACCAGUUGAAGUUCGAGUACGAGUUGGACGACUGCAACAAGCGCGUGGUGCUGGGCAAGGGCACGUACGGCGUGGUGUUCGCCGCACGCGACCUCAACACGCAGGUGCGGAUCGCGGUCAAGGAGAUACCCGAGAGGAACCUGGGCGAGGUGCAGCCGCUGCACGAGGAGAUCCUGCUGCACUCGCAGCUGCGGCACAGGAACAUUGUGCAGUACUUAGGUUCAAUAUCGGAGGACAACUACUUCAAGAUAUUCAUGGAGCAAGUGCCCGGGGGUUCGCUGUCUGCGCUGCUGCGGUCCAAGUGGGGCCCGCUCAAGGAGAAUGAGGCCACCAUCGCUUAUUACACCAAACAAAUAUUGGAAGGAUUAAAAUACCUACACGACCAGAAGAUCGUUCAUCGCGAUAUCAAAGGCGACAACGUUCUGGUGAAUACAUACAGCGGUGUGGUGAAGAUAUCGGACUUUGGUACGUCCAAGCGAUUGGCUGGACUCUGCCCUUCCACCGAGACAUUCGCUGGAACCUUGCAAUACAUGGCGCCUGAAGUGAUUGACAAAGGACAAAGAGGCUAUGGUGCUCCGGCUGACAUUUGGUCGUUGGGUUGCACUGUGGUAGAGAUGGCGACGGGAAACCCGCCCUUCAUGGAGCUGGGGUCACCGCAGGCUGCUCUGUUCAAGGUUGGUUACUACAAAAUGCACCCGGAGAUACCAAACGAGUUGUCACAAAAGGCGAAGAAUUUUAUACUACGGUGCUUUAUACCGGAGCCGGAGAAGAGAGCGACCGCGGCCGAACUGUUGGAAGACGCAUUCCUUUGCGAAAAGAAGAAGCCAACGAAUCGUCUUGGUAGCAGCGUGGACUACAGCCGCAGUAUAUCCGUGCCCGCAGACAAAGCCCGACCGCUGGUCGCGCAGAAAAAAAUAUCGGAACCGAGCCUGCCCGGAAACCUACCCAGCUCUCCUGAAAUCGAGAUUAAAACUGUCCGCUCUAAUCCGACGAUCACUCGCACGGCCUCCUCCAUGCUGUCGCCGAUAUUGAUUUACCCACCGGACCACUUGACCAGCACUAUGCCUAACACGCCAUCUGCCGAGGAAAUGGAUAAUAAUGACACAAUAUUGAAUCGUAGGAGCUCGUCCGGUGGCCUCCUCUCUCCAGAGGUGGACAUGCCCAACGUUCCCCGGUCCUCGAUUGACAUAGAACACGACGGGUUCUACCUGCUGAAGAAGGACUCGCAGCGGCGUCUCACUCUGUCCCGUGUGCUGGAACAGGACAGCGAGAAGAUCUGCUCCAAGUGGAUGCUCAGCAUACAGCAGGACUUCGGAAAUACUGUGCUUACUAUGAAUCACUUAGAGACCCUUCGAUGCGCUCUGAAGGAGUACAUAAUGGAUCAAAAUCGUAACGUUAUAGAGCAAGCGAUCACAACUCUCAAAGAAGACCUGGACUUCGACUCGAACGCGAUCAAUGAGUUGCAUUCAGCAAUAUACAUGUUCCAAGAGGCUGUCAACGUUGUCUUGAGAAUGCACAGCAUCAAGCCCCAUUGGAUGUUCGCUUUGGACAAUUUGGUGCGAAACGCUGUUCAGGCGGCUAUUACUGUACUUUCCCCAGAGCUGGGUGCAAAUCUGGCGGCUACUGAUGGAUCACGAGGUCAGGCUUGCCACGAGGCUGACGUCACACCUUCGGCGCUCUCGACCGCUACUUCCACGAGGGACCAUCGGCUGCGACUCGACAACCUCAAGUUGCAACAAGAGCUAAUGGAGAGCUACCAACAGUAUCAGUCAUUGUUAAGGUUGAUUCUAGAAGAGCAAAGGACUCAGACGCAAAUAAUAAAAGAGUUCGUCGAGAAAAGGCCUAGAACCCAUAGUACGAGAGUAGAGACUGACUACGAUGAGGAGCUCUUCAAAGAGAUAUGUGAGUGGAUGUCGCCCCGGGGGGUCCCGGAGGAGGCUUCGAAGGCAUUGGCCGUGCAGCGAUACGACCUCAACGAUCUGUUGACGCACGCGCAGAGAGAAGACAUUGCCAAGUUGAAUCUAAGAGGUGGCGUCGAGCUCCGUCUAUGGCGUGCGAUCCUCGACCACAGACUACAGAACAACAUUCUGCGCCGUACGAGCAGCACGGAGACGGACAUGGACACUAACUCUAUGGUCGUAGUGGAGUGUACCAAAUGUAAGGGCGCCCGCACACUGUCCAGCCGCUCGUGCGGCAGCAACCCGACUGUAGUGAUUAGGGAACAAAAUGGCGCCGAUCCCGAGUACUACGACGGUGACGCUCUGUGACAGGCGAGGGGGUGGUGCACUCUACAGUGAGGUGACUGAGUCUCGACUUACAUUCUUUAUAACGGAACCAAGCAAUACACUUAUUUAUAUCUAAUUAAAAAAUCCAGAGUGAUUUAACUUCAUCUGCGUCCUUCGGUGCUGAAUUUCCAAAUGUUUAACACAAAAGAAAUAUUAAAUAUUUAAAACAAAUUAUUCAUUUUCAGAGAAUCUUAAAUUUAACUUACAUAUUAUUGCGUACAUGUUAUGCGUAUACGUAACCAAAUAAGUAAAAUAAAAGAUUAUUAUCGACAUGAUGGAGACAAAUUACGAUUUGUGUUGUGACUGAUUUUUGUAUAAUCCAUAUUUGGUAAUAUCUGUCAUAUUCAAAUUUGUAAUUUUAAUAUGCACCGCAAGUUUUUCAGAAAUAAUAAUCAAGAGAGUAAAUGUUGUCAAAGCAAUUUUAAUCUAUACAGCUAAUAAAAAAAUAUAUGUGGAGAAUUAAGCUGCCCUCUCCCAACCUGUAAGCAUAUAAAUAUUAUUAAUACAGUACUUAAGUUUCACUUUAAGGCGAAAAUAUUGUUCUAAUGACAUGAAUUAGAUAUUGGGUAAAAGUUACAUUAACACAUUUGUAUUGCUUCGGUUAUUGAGAGCUUGUAAAAUAAUAAUGGAGUCGAGAACACAUAAAGCAAUUUAGCGAUAAAAUUUGUUUAACAUAAUAAUAUUCUUCGUCUUUUCAAUUUACUAAUAAUGAGUAAGUUCCACACAGAAACCAAUAUUUUUAUAAAAGCUAUAAAAUAGCAACGCGGUGAAUGUUAAAAUUGAAUACAUCAAUUUGGAAUUGUUUAUCAAUGACAAUAGUAGUAAAGCUUAGUAAUUGCAUUUAAAUUAGACAUAAAAAAGCAUAAAAGGCAUUUAUUUUCUCAAAAUUGAUACCUUUAGAAUUCUUUUUGAUGUCAUUUCUUAUACUACUAGAUACUACUACCGCUUCGGAAACAAAUGGCGCUCUGAGAGAGAAGUAUUAAAUCAAAUCACUUUAUUCAUAUAGUUCAAGGAAAUGACGCUUUUGAAUGUUGCUUAAUUUAACUCAUUUAGUGACGUCAAUAUACGACACCUUUAUAGAAUUGUGCCAUUGCAAAGAAUUAGUUUAAGUGUGAAUAUAAAAACGCUUUAGAGAAGAAUGGGGCGCAAACAUGAAUUUAUUAAAAAUUAAUUAUGCUUAAUCACGUAUUCUUUACUACUAUUGUCUAAGCUCUGUUAUACCUUAAUAAUAAUAGAUUUUACGUCGCUUUGUAUUGCUUGUGCCUCGAGUGUAUCACCCUUUUUAAUAUUUUUAAUAAUUGCUAAAUAAUUAUAAUUUUAUGUAAAUGGCAAGACAGACAGACAAAGUCAAAGUGAAAGAAAUCUAAUUACUAAUUUGUUAUAUGAAAUAGCGUUAAUAUGGGAUAUAAUUUGAAUAUUUCAACAACAAAGUAAAAGUAAAAUAUUUAGUUUAGAUUCUGAUAAAAAUUGGAUCCACGCCAGAAGCCAAAAUGUAAAAACUAAAUUAUUUAAAUUUUGAGUUUGAAUUACUUCACAGGAUCAUAUCACAAUUUUGUUAAAAUUGCGUACUUUACCAAUUAUUUCUUAAAUCGAUAGUGCGAAAAUUAUUUAUGAAAUUCAAAGUAAAAAAAUAAGACUAUACUGUUGUUGUAUUGAAAUCCUGAACCUGACGUCUCUAAGAUGGCGGCUUGUCCCCAUCCUUACGCGUGGGAAUUAUAUGAACAAGUUUGAACACAAUCACAGAUAAUUUAUUUUAUUUACAUUUUAUACGUGUAGUUUAGUGCAUAUUUAAUUUACUGUCUUUUUUGAUUUUCUUUAAUGUCCAAUAAUACUUUUUAUAUCGGACUUAAGAGGAAAUAUUACCAGUAAUUUUUCCAUACAUGUAUUGCUUUGCUCCUAGUAACUGUAUUUAUAUUGACAAUUCAUGAUAUUAUUAAUUUGAAGUCGAUGUUUCGAUUCAAUUAUACGAGUAAUAUAUCGAGAUACAACUAUGUUACAUUGGCGACAUAAAACCGAACAAUAAAAUUAAUAAAAAAAAUAUAUAAAUUAAAGUGAACAAUUGAAUUUUCAAAGAAACAAUAUGUAUAUAUAUAUA